AUGGCGGUAGACUACCACACUAAGUGGAUAGAGGCAGAACCUAUGGCUAAAAUCACCAUGGACCAGGGAGUUUGCCAUAGGAAUGGCACCACCGUUUUGUAUGCUUCUUUGGCACACCCCCAAACCAAUGGACAGGUCGAAGCUGUCAACAAACUCAUCAAGAAAUAUCUAAAAAAGCGCCUCAAUGAGGCCACAAGACUUUGGGCUCAAAAACUCCCGGAGGUGCUAUGGGCCCUCCGGACAAUCCCCACUGCCGCCACGGGCCAGUCUCUCUUUCUGUUAGGUUUUGGCACAGAGGCCGUAUUCUCAGUAGAGAUUGAAGUCCCCUCUGAACGAGUCGAAAGCUACGACCAAGACAUAAACGUCGUUAGCCUCCAGCUCAAUAUGGACUUGCUUGAAAAACGCCGGGAGAAAGCCCACCUACGGAAUAUUAACGGCAAGCAACGCAUUUCCAAACACUACAACAAGCAAGUUUGCCCCUGGCCCAUGGUGGUUAGUGAUUGGGUGAUGAAUGAAGUCAGGCCCCGGCCUGUUGGAUUAAACCUUAAGUAG